AUGAAGACCACGUCUUUCCUCGCCUGGGCAGCAGGUGUGCUCGGUGCCCCGGCUCCGAACCCUCAAGCAGCCCGUCCGGGCUUUACCGAGCAUGUCGUCACUCUUCCGGAUGGCCAGCAGGCCAGCGUCUAUCUUCGAUCCUCCAUGGUCUCGAUCGCUGCAGACAUUAUGAACACCAACAUCACCUCGCCACCGCGUGUCGAUUUUGACAACAACUUCACGCCGACGCAGACGGGCCAAGACCUCUGCACCGGUUCCGACAUCCAGGCGUACGACGUCCCGCCUUUGCCCGACAAGAUCGACUGCGAGCGUAUGUGGCAAUCUAUCGCCCAGACCAACGGCUACUGGGUUCUCGACCACUGGGAUGGCCAGUUUCAUAUCAUGGCGUACCUUGGAACCUGCGCCAUUUCGGUCAAGCCACUAGAUAGUGACAAGGCCGUGUUCAUUGGCAACAAUGAUGUCGCCAAAGUUGUGACUGAUACGACUAUCAACUUUGUCAACCAAUUCAACAAGGACCAGUGUGGUAGCCAGGGCGUCAUCUCCUGCACAUCAGUCAACCAGCCACACCUACAUUACCAGGCUGCUGGUGAAGCAGAGUGGCGAUUCAGAGGUUGGGUGCCCAUUGUCCCUGAACACGUUGAACAAGCUGGCAUUCUCACCUCUGCCUCUACCCGCAAAAUCCUUUUCAUCCAUUCCAGGAUGAACUCCACCGGCCAGACGUCUCGGGAGCCGCCUCCCCAAGAAGCUCCCCAUCAGGGCCGUGGACAUGAUGUCCCUAACUUCCCAUAUCCGGCGACACGUUGUUAUAUCGGACAGUACCUGCUUGUGUCGCGGGCCCCUCCCGCAUGGGCAUGGAUUAUUGUUGCGGGCUUCUUUGACGAUGACCAUAACGAAUUGUGGCACAUCGAGCUCUUCCUAGCCCAGGAUGGCUUUCCUCGUCGAGAUCCGAGCGACGCUGGGUCGAGAGCAAAUAGCCCCAAUGACGAUAUCAACAAUGAUCGUACGGGAAGCUCCGAGGGAGAUCCCUCCGCGUUCGAAUUCGAUCGCCAUGGUGCGUGCCCGGAAUCUCAACCAUCUUUGUUUGGUUUCGCACCUAUUUGCCCUCAAGUUUGCAGGAUACUGAUCUUCGUGAGCGAGUUAGAACGCCGAUCUAGAUUGUCAAGGCGAAGACUCCUCAUUCAUCGACACCCUGGCUACCCAGACACACGAUACCAUCCCGAGACGAGACUCGUUGGUCUUAUGCCUGUAUUACAAUCCCCGUCUCAGAGGCCUCAAGCACAGGGAUCCGCAUAUGGCCCUUCACGGCCGUUUCUUUUCAGAGAUUAUGACGACGACAGUGAGAACGAGCGGCACUAUGAUUGGUCUCGUGGUUGA